AGACAGUUACGAUAAACUACAGUACCCAUUUGUGACUUUUGGCGUAAAACAAUAAAAACCCUCUUCUGAGCGUGCAUCACCUGCAUAGUCAUCGUCUUCUUACAAUUAGAGCUUCCACAGAGCAAGAGAGAGAGAGAGAGAGAGAGGGAGAGAGAGGGGUUGAACUACUUGGGCUUGCACCUUUGAGUUGCGGUGGCUGUUGAUCUGGAUAGGAGGACUGAGGUGUAUCUGAGUGAUCACAACGGUAAAGAAGCAAAGUUGGUGACAUGGGAGUGGAAAAUGUCGCUGAUCUUCCACCUCUGGAUCCAGCUGUUGUUUUGAUUGGAACAGCAAAGGGAGGUAAUGUUGGACCUCCUAGCGGUCUUGUUGACAUUGGCGUGAGUGAAGCUGCCUACCUUUUUCGAGUUGCACUUCCUGGUAUUCGGAAGAAUGAAUGUAGGGUAAAAUGUGAUAUCCAACGUGAUGGAAAGGUUCAUAUAGAAGGAAUCAUGACAGGUGUUGGACUUUUGAGGAACUCGUCAACUGUGUACCGUUUGAGAGUCCAACAACUAUGCCCACCGGGAGCAUUUAGCAUAUCUUUCCGUCUGCCUGGACCUGUUGACCCCCGUUUGUUUUCUCCUUAUUUCCGGCAUGAUGGAAUCCUGGAAGUGGUGGUUAUGAAAGGCAGAGUACCUCUACCCUGAGAAGCCAGGUUUCCAAAUCUGUGAGGUUAGUGGAAGGACACUCUCUUGGGUUAUGGCGUUUAUUUUUGCUUGAAGUGCAAAUGGGGAUAGUUGUAAUGAGGGAAGAAAAUGCAUGCGUACAAAGAUGUUCUGUCUUUGUUUGGAAAAAAGCAGUGUGUUUUAACUGGCGCAGUGAUGCAUAGAGUCAGUUUGAGGAGAAAAUCAGACUUUAUAUAAAUGGAUAAUGAAGUAUAGCUAGAUUGUUUAAUACAAAGAAUUAAUUGGAAACUCAAAA